AUGUCAAACGACAAUCCAACGUCUGAAUGGCUUGCUCUGGUCCGAUCUCGACUAGAUGGCAUCGCAGAACGGCAGGAUCUUCCAACCAGGUUGAGAGAUCUUGAGGCUAUAGAUCGCGCCAUCGUUGAGGCUCGCCAGCUCCGGAACGCACGAGCAUGGCCGCGCACGCUACCUUCUGAGAUUUGGGUGAAGGUGUUCAUGCAAUGUCGGUCACUAUGGUACACUGGGCGAUAUAUCGACCAACCGUUCAGAUUCGGUUGGAUGACCGUCACGCACGUCUGCAGUUCGUGGAGGCAGAUAGCGCUUGGUGCACCCAUUUUGUGGACGGACUUGACCUUUAAUGCUCUUUCGCUUCCUCAUCAAUUCGUUCCCGACAUUCUUGCUCGUGCGGGCUCGGCCCCGUUGGACGUAUCCAUCUAUUGGCAAAACAAUAGGCCAACUCCUCGGGAUCUUAAUAUAUGGCUUUCAUCAUCAACUUGUAGGCGUGUCCGGACGUUGUCGCUAUCUGGCGCCGCCGCAGCGCUUGAGACAGCGAUAGCCCACCUGUCUCACUCGACGCCCCAUCUUUCUUACCUCUCUCUGAGCUGCAACGAAGAGGUUCCGGCAACUCUCGCAUCAUCAUCUCUCAAGGAUGCGCCUCGGCUUAGACGUUUAGCACUGACGAACUGCGAGCUACCUCGGUCACUGCCUCCCUCGUUCCGAUACCUGGCCCACUUGUCUAUCCAUAGCAGGGAGGGGUACUUGCCUCCCUACAGCACUCUUCGUGAUGUUUUGACACUACCAGGGCUUCAACGGAUCGAUCUCUCAGACAUCGUGCCCAUCAAUGACACCACACAAUCAUCCUUUCCAACCCUCGUCUUGUCUGAGGAUUUGCGGAGAUUCGACUUCCAGAUACUGAAUCAGGAGCCUGCCGUGGAGGGCAUAUUUUUCGUAUCCUGUCUUCAGUUCCCCUGGAAGUGCUCUUGCAGUAUAGAGAUCUGCGCGUACGAACCACCGGAUGUCAUUGAACCUUUGCUACACGGCGUACUUAGCCGUUUGUUGCCCCGUCUGUCCUUCUCCGGUAGCCCCAACAGCAUGAAAGCCACACACGUGUUCUUAGGAGAUAUAGAUUAUCUUCAAAUCUGUUCUACCAAGGUUGAAGCCAAGCUAUCCCGCGUUGGGCGUCGCAUGCGUGGCCAUUCAUCGGCGGAUGAAAUUAUCAAUGACAUCACGAUACGCCUCGCAGAUGUACAGAGAGCACCGCUUUACAGUCUUGUCGCUCACUCGCGCUUCCUGACCUUGGACACUCUUCGCGGCAUCUCCAUAUCUUCGUCCGCGAUCAGCGCUUUGAACGAACCUACGAUCGCCGGCGAACUUCAUCGUGCCGCCAACAUAAGCCGGCUGGAUAUACAUCCUUUUGCCGACGAAGAUCAUCGCAAGCUCUUGGAUGUUCUAUCUCGGAGCUACGAGGUGGCUGCUGGCAGCGGUCCCCGAGUCCUGUUCCCGAAAUUGGAAACGGUCGUGUGGCAAUACAAUCCGCGCUAUUCGGCAGAGGACGUCGUCCAGGCAGUCGCGAUAUUGGAUUUCCUGAGAUGUAGGAGCGAGCAGGGGGCGCCCAUCCGUGAGAUUGCCAUCCCGCCCCACGUCUCGCACUGGGCUGUAUGGCAUACAGUGCGAUCUACUGCACGGAUUGCUGUUACAAUCCUACCCGAAUGA